AGGUGACUGAAGCCACAUCCCCCUUAGAGACAACAACAGUCAUGUGCUGGUGACAGACGGAGCAGCUUCACUCACCCAGACACCCACUAUAGAGCAGCACCCAGGGGUGUCAUGGACUGACAACUUACUCUCACAUGUGCGGCACUUUCUCACCGUGUUUCUGCCUCUUUGUGUCUUUAAAAACACUAUUAUUACUCAGGAGAACUAGAGUUAUUUGAGUUAACUCUACGGUCAUGAAUCGACUGGAUGAAUGGAGCUUCAAGUCCAAGAGCAUGGACCUGCUGGACCUGGAGGAGGACUUCUACUUCCACUACGGAGCCGAGGAAAUGACAGAUUAUCAAGACCCCGAUGAACUUGUGGCUGCGCUGAAACAAAAGGAGGAAGAGGUUAUUCUGGCAGCCCAGCUGGGAAACGCAUUGCUGCUGGAAAACCGUCAGCUGAAAGAGAAGAGCGACACACUUCAUGAACAAUACGCAGACAAGCUGGAGGAGCUGGAGCAGGGCAGGCAUGAGCUGCGGCUGAAGCUGGAGGGCUGCCAGUCCCAGUGGGAGAGCCAGGUGUUGGACCUGGAGAGGGAUGUGAGGGAGCUGAGCGCCCAGGUGGAUCGGCUCAGCCGGGCCCUCAGCGAGGCCGAGAGGGACAAGACUCGAGCCCAGAUGGAGCACAGCGAGCACACACAGCAACUCAAGGAGCAGCUCAACACUGCAAUGGAGGUGGAGAGAGCCAUGUCCAGUGAGCUGCAGGCUCUGAAGCAGGAGCUCCAACAAAAGGGAAGCCACAACCGGCCGCAGGACGAAGAGCUGAUCAGUGCCAUGAGGGAGCAGGUGCUGCGUCUCACCCAGAAGGAGCAGGCGCUGGAGGAGCGUUUGGAGGGUGUGUGUCAAGAAAACACUGAGCUGAGGUCGAGUUUGGCCUCUUUACACACACGCCUGGCUCUGCAUGACCAACUCAACCAACAACACAGCCAGCAGCUCGCUGGGGCAUUGCAGGAGGUGGAGGCGGCGCGGAGUCGCUCACAGCAGCUGCAGGCCCAGGUGGAGGAGCUUCAAGAGGAGGUUUCCCUGCAGGAAGGCAGGAGCCUCGGAGACGCCUCCCUGCUGUCUGAGCUGGAGAGCAGCCUGGAGACGGCAGUGCUGGGAGUCAGCAAAGAAGAGGUAACGCAAGAAAUAGGGUCCAUCCUCCAGUUGCUGCUCCCACUGACCCAGGAGCCGAACAGCUCAGAGGGGGCAGAGGUCGUGGAUCAACAGGAGGACCUGCAGGCCGUGCUGCACCAGUUGAAGGGAGUGGCCCAAACCCUGGCACCGGCAUCCAGCCCUCAGGAGCUGAAUCAAGCUUUUGUCGACAGGACGGGCGAUCAGUGUGGGAAUCCGAGCGCAGCGCAGGAGAUGAGAGAUCAGAACGUCCAGCUGCAGCAGGAAAACGCUGAGCUGAGGCAGAAGCUGCAGGGCAGUCAGGAACAGGCUGAAGUCGUCCAACAGGCCAUCAGAGACCGAGAUGAAGCCAUAGCCAGGAAAAACCUGAUGGAGGCCGAGUUGGUGAACAGUAAAAAUGACAUGAUGUCUCUGAACAACCAGUUAUUAGAAGCCAUCCAACGUAAACUGGAGCUGUCACAGGAACUGGAGGCCUGGCAGGACGACAUCCAGGUCAUCAUCAACCAGCAGCUCAGGACCCAGCAGCAGUCGGAGCAUCCUCCUCCAAAGAAGUCCACCUCCAACGGCAUGUCCUUCUUCAGCAAGCCCAGCAAGACGGCCUCCACCUGGACGCGCCAGCCCUCCUCCUCCUCUUCCUCCACCACCUGGAGUUCAGACGCUAAUCAGGGCAAAACCCAAUCUCCCUGGAGGGACUGGUUAAGACGAGGGAAAGGGGCAAAUAAUGGACAGUGA